UAUGGCGUGGAGAUAACAAUCGGGCUUCGUACGUCGAAGAAAAGUAAUCAUCGAUCGCAUCGAGCAAUUAUAUCACGGUACAAUAUCACGUACAUACGUAAAAAUCACUUGUCUCAUUAUGAUUGAAUUGUGACUAAUCAUAAGUUACUGACAAUGAGAACAUAACUUGUGUAAAUAAACGUAUAAUAUCGAAAGUGUCGAGAAAGAGUGUCGGGCGACUAUUGUGUUUUAUUUAAAUAAAUCAUAUUAUCACGUAUAAGUAACCAUAACAUCGGAAAUAUCGAGAGAAAAUGAUCAAAAAUUGAGAUAUUUGGCGGUGUUGUUCGCGCUCGUCGCGAUGUAUUGCGCAUUAUUCGUGACGUCAGAGUGUUAUAUGGCGCAGGUAUAACGAUAAUCAUCGAUCGCAUCGAUAGCAAUUAUAUCACGGUACAAUACCACGAUACAUACCACGAACAAAGUGUUAGUGUAGUUAAGUGAGAACAACAAUACAACAAGGAUACAAUGAUAAUAUAGUGGGAAUCCAUCAGUACUAUGGCAGUGCAACAGCAGUUUUAUGAUAUGCAACAACCUAUCAAUCGACAAUGGCAGAUCAAUCGGGGUCGUCCUCAUACUGGAGUCCCACUCUCAAAACGGAUAUCUUCUCUCAGACUGAUAGCGCGACUUUCUUCCCCACGGCCCAUGGCCUGGUGCAAACCCACCCGUCUAGCGGUAUGUUUCGCAGCGGUUUCGGCGGCAUCGACAAUCUCGGCACUCGGGGGGUGACGUUAAGGCCGCCGAGGACGCGGCCUCUUAAUUUUAAUGAGCGCUCCACUGCCGAAUUGCGCCGAAAUCCAUCGCUCUCGGCACCGGACGAGUGCGCUCGUGCUUGCCGCGAGAGCGAACCGCCCAGGAUAUGCUACUAUCACUUCACACUCGAGUAUUAUACCGUACUCGGAGCAGCGUGUCAAGUAUGCACACCAAAUGCAACCAAUGCCGUGUGGAGCGAGUGUCAGUGUGUCCUGGCGGACGGAGUGGAGAGAGGUAUUUUGACCGCGAACAGAAUGAUUCCUGGCCCGAGUAUUCAGGUAUGCCAGGGUGACAAAGUUGUUGUUGACGUGGAAAAUCGUAUUGAGGGAAUGGAAGUGACAAUUCAUUGGCACGGAGUAUGGCAAAGAGGAUCUCAAUAUUAUGAUGGUGUACCUUACGUGACACAGUGUCCCAUUCAAGAGGGCAGUACAUUUAGAUAUCAAUGGACAGCCGGCAAUGAGGGUACACAUUUCUGGCAUGCUCACACUGGCAUGCAAAAGAUAGAUGGUCUCUAUGGAAGCGUAGUAAUCCGGCAACCGCCAAGCAAGGAUCCUAAUAGCAAUCUAUACGAUUACGAUUUAACCACGCACGUAGCGCUUAUCAGCGACUGGUUCCACGAGAGUGCUGUUGAACGUUAUCCAGGUCGUCUUGCAGUCAAUGUCGGUCAAGCACCUGAAAGCGCACUGAUCAAUGGGAAAGGUCAAUUUAGAGAUCCUAAUACCGGUUUCAUGACCAACACGCCGCUCGAAGUGUUCACGAUAACUUCUGGUCGUCGUUAUCGAUUCCGACUGAUUAAUUCAUUUGGAUCAGUAUGCCCCUCUCAAAUUACAAUCGAGGGUCAUACUCUCACCCUCAUCGCCACCGAUGGUGAAGCAGUUCAACCAAUACAAGUGAACACUAUAAUUUCAUUUUCAGGCGAACGUUACGAUUUCGUCAUAAAUGCUGAUCAGCCUAUCGGCGCUUAUUGGAUUCAACUUCGUUCGCUCGGAGAAUGCGGAAUUUCACGUGCCCAGCAGCUGGGUAUUCUGCGAUAUGCUCGUGGUCCUUAUCAACCGCUUACUGCACCGCCUACGUAUGACUUUGGUCUUCCACAGGGCGUUGUUCUCAAUCCCUUGGAUGCUAUUUGCAACCGACCGCGCGAGGAUGCAGUUUGCGUGAGUCAAUUGAAGAAUGCCCGACACAUCGAUCAGGGUAUCCUCCAGCAACGCCCCGACGUGAAGAUCUUCCUACCUUUCCGCUUCCUGUUCUACAGACCCGAGGAGGUCUUCCAGCCGCAGACCUACAAUCGCUUCCUUGUUGCACCUACUGGCGACCACGUGAUUUCUCUCGUGGACGAGAUCUCAUUCACGUUCCCUCCGGCGCCGCCAAUCUCGCAGAUCGAUGACAUCCCACCUGAACAGUUCUGCAACGGUGAUAAUAGACCAGCUGAUUGCGGCGCCAACUGCAUGUGCACGCAUCAAGUCGAUAUUCCGCAUAAUGCGGUCGUCGAGGUGGUUCUCGUAGACGAAGUACAACAGCCUAAUCUGUCGCAUCCCUUCCACUUGCACGGAUACGCGUUCAACGUGAUCGGCAUCGGCCGUUCUCCCGACAGGAAUGUGAAGAAGAUCAAUUUGAAGCACGCCCUCGAUCUCGAUAAGCGAGGUCUUCUGCACAGACAAUUCAACUUGCCACCUGCCAAGGACACCAUCGCCGUUCCCAACAACGGCUACGUCAUCUUCCGCUUCCGUGCGGAUAACCCGGGAUACUGGCUGUUCCAUUGCCAUUUCUUGUUCCACAUAUUGAUUGGCAUGAAUCUGAUCCUUCAUGUCGGGACGCACGCGGAUCUGCCGCCGAUACCACCGAAUUUCCCGGUCUGCGGUGAUCAUUUGCCGCCCAUCACACCGCCAUUAUCAUUGAACACGUUCCACUGAUGCAUGAUUGACUGAUGAGCGGCGAGCUGAGAGAGACGCUCCAAAGUCCAUACGAUACUUGUAGCAUAUUCCUGUAAAGUAGCGCGAGCCUGUAAUAUUCUUUUUCUUUCAACUACGUAACACCUUGUCGGUUUUACUCUCGAGGGUACUCUAGGUGCUCUGCUCGAGAUUGCGAUCGCGAGCAAGGAAUUCGACGGGUGUCGACCCGUUACCUUACAUAAUCCGGCUGAGAACGAAGGAAAUGGCAAGGCGAGUUAGAUACAUUGAGGAUGUUAGUGAGGCAACGGGUUAACAAAAGGUGAUCGAUGUCCUGCUGGGCGUCGCGGAACGACGAGCGUUCUCAGAGACGAUGAUGACAUUACGUUGGCGAUAAUUUAUUAUGUUUCAGAUGCUUCAUCCGUCACACUGUCAUUCUUUCUGCACGACAUUCCUUGUUAUUCUUGCAUUACCAUACAAUGAAGAUACAUUCAUAUUUCCUGAUCGUAUAUAAUUCACAAUAAUCUGUUUUAUUAUAAAACACAUAUCAUGUAAUACAUGUUUCGACAUCCCCUAGAAAUAUUUACUGAAUAUUUAUGCUGUUGCUUCGCAAAUAUAACGGCGAAGCACAAAUCCCGAUGUGGCGAGUGAAGCAUCUAUAAUUGGAAACGUACAAAUGUUACUGAUUAACGUUUGUAACGCUCUGUAAAUAAUGUAGAAAUAGUCACUACACUUAACGAGAUGUUAAUGCGGAAGUAAUGGGUGUAAAUGAUCGCCGAAUAAUUGUGACGGCGAUUCGAUUAGUAGUGGAUCACGAGG